UUUUUUUUUUUUGCACGUAUUUUUUCUUUCUUCCGACGGGACGCCAAGCGGUGAGCUUCCGUCUCAGUCUUAGUCUUAUCGAUUUACUAAGUAAACCUCCCUCGCCUUUCACUGGCAACCACAACAAUUCGCCGUAAUAAAACUGCUCUUAUUUCCCUUUUUUGUUUUAAAGUAAAGCGGAUGCCAUGGGGAAGAACAAGAAUGCGACCAAAGCACUGACACAGGAAGAAAUCUGGGACGACUCUGCGCUCGUCCAGAGUUGGGACGAAGCAGUAGAAGAAUACAAGCUCUACCACAGCAUCCACGCCAAAGGGGAAAAUGUCGAAGAUGUAUUGAGGGAUGCUCAAGAGGCUGAAAAUGGACAGGUAGUCCAAGGGGAUGGUCAAGGAGUAGUCGACGAAGAUGACCAUAUGGAGGCCGAUGUUGACGAGCCGGUAAUCGAUCCAGUAGCGGCAUCCUCUGAGGCUCAGAACAUUCCACGGGCGGAUGUCUCGCAAAGCACAGCCAGCCCAGACGUUCCUGUUCAAGGAACGAAUCACACGGCUGGGCCCAGUCCUAUGGCAGCCGCCAUGCCUCAGACAGUGUUAUCCCAAGUUCAAGAUGAAGGACUGAAGAAUCUUAUGAUGUCCUGGUACUUUGCGGGGUAUUACACUGGUCUUUACGAAGGGCAACAGAGAGCAAACCAAAAUAAGAGUUCAUGACCCAUUUCUAGCUGCAAGUGAUGGGCAACUUACUAUCUCACUAUCAAAUCAAGAGGUGACAUCAAACGCCACUGCACCCACCUGUUGCCCCCGCAGGCGACUAUUCCAGAUGCCGCGGUCUGCGAAGCUCAGUUGGUCAUACUUCUGGGUGCGUCACCGGGUUAGGGAACAUGACUCGCCAUACCAGAGGCCUAUUUUUCUUUAUUUGGAGGAUUCCCAGAUGUGUAAGUGAUGUACUAUAUGUGUAUUCUAGGGUCCCAUGUGUGGUCUGCUUGGUUCAAGCAGCUAUUGGCAGCAACUAUGUAUGAUAAUCCCUACUUAUGCUGGAGGCCAGCCCUAUACACAAGUCUUCAGAACCAUAAUCUCAACUUUCAUGUUUGACCUUUCGCCCGUGAGCUGAGCGUUAUAGCAGAAUUUCAACAACCUCCUGCAGG